GGCGCGCAGAGCGGGAGGGCGGCGGGACGGGCUCCACGCCGCGCAUAGGGCGCUGAAAGCGGCUGUGGGAGCGUAGCGGAGGCUGCACUGGGCCGGGGAACCUGGACCCUCCCAUAGCAUUCUCGCAGCGCAGCGCCGGGCGGAGGCACCGCUCUCAUCCCUCGGCAAAGGCGGCGGAGAGGAGGAGGAAGAGGAGAAAGAUGAGCCGCGCGGUGCUGGCCUGGUUGGCGUUCUGCGGGAGCCUGGCGGCGCCGCGCCCCGCCCGAGCGGAUGUGUGUGACUCCAACCCCUGCCAGAAUGGUGGCAUCUGUCUAUCAGGGCUGAGUGAUGAUUUCUACUCCUGUGAGUGUCCUGAGGGCUUCACAGACCCCAACUGCUCUAGCCUUGUGGAGGUUGCCUCAAUUGAAGAGGAACCAACCUCAUCAGGACCCUGCAUUCCUAAUCCAUGUCAUAAUGGUGGGAUAUGUGAAAUUAGUGAAGCAUACCGAGGUGACACAUUCAUAGGAUAUGUUUGUAAAUGUCCAGAGGGAUUUAAUGGGAUUCACUGCCAGCACAAUGUGAAUGAAUGUGAAUCUGAACCCUGCAAGAAUGGCGGAAUCUGUACAGAUCUUGUUGCCAACUAUUCCUGUGAGUGCCCAGGUGAAUUUAUGGGAAGAAACUGUCAACAGAGAUGCUCUGGCCCACUAGGGAUAGAAGGAGGGAUUGUGUCAAACCAACAAAUCACUGCAUCAUCCACCCAUCGAGCUUUUGGCCUCCAGAAAUGGUACCCAUACUAUGCACGGCUUAAUAAGAAGGGUCUUGUGAAUGCCUGGACUGCUGCAGAGAAUGACAGAUGGCCAUGGAUUCAGAUAAACCUGCAGAAGAAGAUGCGAGUCACUGGAGUUAUAACUCAAGGUGCCAAGAGGCUUGGGAGUCCAGAAUACAUAAAAUCUUAUAAAAUUGCAUACAGUAAUGAUGGGAAUUCUUGGACAAUGUACAAAGCAAAAGGCACAAAGGAAGAUAUGGUGUUCCGUGGGAAUGUGGACAACAACACCCCUUAUACCAACUCCUUCACCCCACCCAUCAAGUCCCAGUACAUUCGGCUGUACCCUCAGGUGUGCAGGAGGCACUGCACGCUGAGAAUGGAGCUCCUGGGCUGUGAACUCACAGGUUGCUCUGAGCCCCUAGGGAUGAAAUCAGGACACAUACAGGACUUUCAAAUCACUGCCUCCAGUGUUUUCCGUACGCUCAACAUGGACAUGUUUGCUUGGGAGCCCAGGAAAGCCCGGCUGGACAAGCAAGGCAAGGUUAAUGCCUGGACCUCGGGCCACAACGACCAGUCACAGUGGUUGCAGGUCGACCUGCUCGUCCCUACAAAAAUCACUGGGAUCAUUACCCAGGGAGCUAAAGAUUUCGGUCAUGUCCAGUUUGUGGGGUCCUACAAACUUGCCUACAGUAAUGAUGGGGAGCACUGGAAAAUAUACCAAGAUGAGAAGCAGAAGAAGGAUAAGGUGUUCCAGGGGAACUUUGACAAUGACACACACCGCAAGAACGUCAUUGACCCGCCGAUCCACGCGCGGCACGUGCGGAUCCUGCCUUGGUCGUGGUACGGCCGGAUCACACUGCGGUCAGAGCUGCUGGGCUGCACAGCCGAGAACUGAGAGGGUCCCACUGCCACCGAGGGUCCCUCUGUGGAGGAAACAGUGCAAAGCCUGUAGGAUGCUGAGUCGGUGUUCCAUGAACCAAGUGCUCGCUCAUUUUAUGGUAGGCCGCUAACUGUCUUUCGCACGGAGGUCUAAGCCUGCCCUUUAAGUGAUCCAAUCCAAUUUUGUCCUUGAAAUCUGUUAGUCUUAUCCCUUCUGCUGUGGAAUUAUCUUCCUAGUUUUCCUUUGAGUUGUUCACACAAGUUGAAAUGUAUUAAGGGAAAAAAAACAACCAAACAGCAGCAUCCUUUUUACAAGGGAAGAGAAAUGGUGUGACGACUCUUAUUUGCAGCUUUAGGAACAUUGGGCUGACAAGUUCUCCAUAAAUCAUACUGUCAUCUUACUUGCAAAAAGUGAUACUGCAGCUUUUAGCAAUAAGUUUACUUGGGGAUGACUGCAUUAUAGUAAUUGUGCCUAUCAAACACUGUCAGUACUUAUAUAUUUUGGAAGAUACUCCUUGGUACUGUAGAGCGCAGUACCUGUGGUGUUACAAGCUACCUUUCAUCACUUUCAUCUGGACAGCAGAGUCCAUGCACUUAGAGUGUUUUCCUGAUUAACCCCAUUUUCCUCCUCUAUUUUGCAUGCUAUAGAAUAUGACCUCCAUCUUUUCUGUUUAGUAUCACUGCUGAUGUGGUUUUCCUUGUCAGAAGUCACCUGUUUGCAUAUGUAACCAAAUCUGCUCUCAGUAUAUUAUGAAAUUAAUGAAUUUGCCAAAGUUUAUUCAAUUUUGCUUGAGAUGUGCUUUCUCAAGGAGACACCAUGCUACUCGUGGUGUCUCAUCUUGGGUGCCCAUAUAGGUAAAGGCACACGGUGCGUCAGAAAUCCCAUUUCAUUACAUGCCCGGGGUGACCACACAGCCCUAGACAAAGCUGCCCACCCAGUUACUGCUUUUCAGAAUCCCCCUGAAUUUCUGUGAGGAGGAAAAUGUAGUGGAGGAACCAGGUGCUAAAAGACACACAAGAGGAAUGAUUCCCUUAAUUCCAGGAACACGCUCUCUGUGUGCUCUUCUUAAGGUCACAGCCUUCCUCCCAGAAGGUGAGAGGUGUCAUAGGAGUGCAUAGAAAACCUUGGCCCUUGUCACCCUCCACUCCUACAAAAGUCCUUUCAGACACACACCAGUGAGCCACGAGGAGGUUGGUUUCUACCAUGCCUCACCAUGCCCCAUCUACAGAAAUGCUUUGCACAUGCUAUGCUGUUUUAGCAGUGUUGUAAGCAACCCCACUUUAAAAUUUUAGCAGCUUUUAGAAGAAAAAAUGGAGCAACAGUGGGGGUGUUCUCCCUUAUGACUCAGUUUCCCCUGUUGAUGGAGGUAACAAUGCCAACCUUUGAAGAGCAAUCUGAGUUUCCUUAGAAUAAAGUGUUCUGUGACUAUGUCAAAGUAUCACCUAAGUCUAAAAAAAAAAAAAAAAUCCUAGGACAAUGGGCCAGGAACCUUUUUAUUUCUUACCUGAAAUAACAGCAUUUGUGAUUACUGUCAACCUUUUAAUUUCAUAACAUGCUGAUACAGAGAGAGAGAAUGAGAGGAAGAGAGAGAGAGAGAGAUGCAGCUGCAUGUUUUAGCAAAUGUCACUGGACUUAUCCUUUCUGUCACUGUUACAUUCUCACUAAUAAUUCUGAAGUAUGAACCUGGGCAUUGCUUCCCAGGCCAACAGCUAGCUGGCCCACAGUCUGCAAAGUGCAAAGUUUACCUUGGACACAAAAUGGUUUGGAUUUCAAAAAAACCUGCAUUUAAUCACACAUUCUCCACCACAGACUAAAUAUAUAUUAUCCAUUGAACUGUGAAAGACUCCAGAAUAGCAGCCAGGAAUUUUACAUACAAGAAUUGGGGAUAUAUUGGUGGCGGUUUUCUGAUAGUGUCAUUUAAACUGUCACAUUUUAGCGAACAGAACACCCUGCCUCUAUAAAAUGACUUAAUCCUUAAACUGUAUUUAUACAAGUAUUUAUUUUAUAAGGCUUAGACAUUUAAAAACUUCUAAAGAAGAGUCCUGUAAAGGUAAAAGUAUGUGUAAGAAAUGUUGAGGUCCUGUGCAACACUGCUAAGUUUGUUCUUUAUUUUUUACUUUGUGCUGCAUAACAAAAGCCACUAGACUGUUACUGUCUUGUUUGUGACUGUGUUAACAGCAUUCCUUAAUGAUGUAUAUAUGGAGUGGUCUUCAAGCAUAACAAGCGAUUUUAAAGAGAAAGUCAACCAUGGUGGUGCUUCUAACCAGCAAAAAAAAUUUGAAUAAUGGAGGAUGAGUUUAUCCCCAAAUUACCUACUGCCCCAUUUUUGCACUUUAAGCUCUAAGAAAAAUAAUAAUAAAAAAAAAUUAGUAAUAUAUAUCUCUUAAAGGCACACACCAUUCUUAAAGAGAUUCAAAGGCAUUUUCCUAUUAUGGGAGAGUAAUUGACCCUGAAUUUAAUUACAGAUAUGAAGAAUAGCAUGUAGCUACUUCUCUAGUCAACUGUAUCCAAAAAACAGAAGGCCAUUUCAGAAAAUUAGGCUCCCUCAUUUAACGACUUGUGUUACUGUUCUUUUGAAAUGUUUGUUCCAUGUUCUUAAGUGAUUUGUUUGUUUGUUUGUUUCAUCUUUUGUGACUUCAGUUUUGGUUUUGAAUUAGUCUGUCUUCGUUUAGUAAUUUAAUUGUUAUCCCUUCAUCUACAUGUAGGGUUGUCAUGGUAUGUAACAUAGUGAUUUUAUUUUGUAUUAAUUUAGUGUUGAAUAUUUUCAUCCUGAUGUCCUGUGCCAGCUCUCACCUACCAGCAGUCUUCACAUCCUGCAAGGAGAGUUCCAUACCUUGUGAUAACACUCUGUGAUAAUUUACAAAAGAAUCAUACAUGUGAUUCCUUACAAUUUCAACCUACAUGGCAUUAUUCCUCAGCUACCAAAAAGCUUUCUUGGAAUGGCAUUGUGCAGCCAUAGUACCAAAUCUACUCCCAGUGCCAGCAGCCUAAGUCUGAAAUAACUCUUGGUUUACAUGAAAUACUUGAGAUUUAGCACAACAGAUAAGAAUUAGAUUAUGGUCCAAAAUGAAGCUUUUUCCCUUCAAUUUUAUUUUGUGUCCUAGGUGAGCAGAACACCAUUGCCAUAGGGGACAAGUUAUAAAUUAACAUGACUGUUCUCUCCCAGUGAAAGCAACCAGCAUCACAAAACCAGAGGUGCAGGACAGUGCAUGUCUCUUUAAGAGGGGCUGGAGAAAUGCUCUGAUGUGAUCCUUGACUUCUGCAUUAAUUGUAACAAUGACAUUGAACAAGACUAAAAAUGUUUUCCUAAUUAAAUUUCACCCCGAACCAGUUAAGUAUUUGUAGGCAGGCUUCACCUUUAUGUAGCUGGGUAAUGUGCUACGUUUAUAGCCUGGGAAAUAAAGCUCUGUUUUAUCUGUGUUAGAGGCUCAUCACAUUAACUGGCUCCGGUUUUGGGGUUGACUUUCUCUUUUGGAAUGGCUGCAUACAAAUUAAGUCUCAGUUUUGAAGACUUAAGGAUGAGUGUAUCUUUGCUAUACAACAAAUAUGAACUAUAAUAUUCAGUGCUGGCUUCUGAUGUGUCAGUAAGUACAGAAGUAUCUCGGACACAAUGACCUUUGAAAUCUUUCAAGCUGUGUGAUAUUCGAGUGGUUUUGUAUAUACUUAAAUCACGUGGAGCAAUGUAAAACCAGUACGACCUUGUCUAGUCUUCAAACUUAACAAUAAAACUUUU